UUAGUGUUAUACGCAAGCUUUUGAGGCUGUGUGUGUGUGUAAUUGGAUGCUAAGAAUUCUCACAACACAAAUGUAGAUGUCAUCAUCAUGUCAUCAUCGCUAGAAAUAUAGUGAAAGAUUUCGAACGUAAGAAAAAUGUAGGGUACAGUACAAAUGUGAUACAUGAUACAGUUCUGAUAAAGAGACCUACUUGUCAGCUAGUUAGAUCUAUGUUUCCACGGUAUUAAAGAGGCUCUUGGAGAAAAGGUUGUGUGAAAAGGCUGGCGUGGGAAGUUUUAUGUCUUCAUGAAUAUUUGUUGGCGUCUAUGAUGUCCUGGUAAGCGUCGACACUUUCCUAUCAUUGACUGUAGAUUAAGUAUGAGUGUGAGCUGAGAGUCUACAGUUGUACCCUCCAUUGACCACAUAGUCACCUUAUUGAACUGCAUAUCUGUGGUGUCCCUUUUAAUAUCAUUACAAAGUGUUAUAACAAGAGCUCAUUGUCAGGUCAGGCCACGGCAGACAGGUGCAAAGGAAUGUGUUCCGCUCUAGUUAUUUAUACUCCCCCCCCCACACACACACAUGUCCCGCGUUCUUGAACUGACAUACUUUUUUGUGUGACCUUUUUUUUUUUUUAUUUGAUCUGUGUUAUCAUCGUAUUUAAAGCUGUGGGGCCCUUUCGAUCUUCAAAAGUUUGUACCUUCCGCUAUCUUCUGAUGUUUGGUUGAUGCGUUGUGUUCGUGUGUUGACCAAGCUUCGUUUCUCUGCUAUCCGUCUUGUCCCCACAUAGGCCAUCCAUCUAUUGCUAGGUUACACUAGGGUCACUAAACACUAAAACUUGGCCGAGUUCACGCCAGAGUUGACGAGACGAGGAACAAAACAAUGACAAGGAAUAAUGAGGUUUUAGUACAACGGAGAUAGAAUCUUUUCUAUUUGUUUCCUCUAGUUACAGUAGACCUUAUAGUGGAUGUGUUUAUUUUAUUUACUGGAGGAUUACAUAGCUUUACAUCUAUUUGAUGCUAGGUAUCUUUACAAUUGAAUACGUUUGAAUAUGGACACUGAAUGCAUUUGCUCCACAUAAUGCUUUGUAUUUUUAUAUCGACACUUUGCGUGUUUCAUACUUGCUUGGCUUAAAUGAUCCAUUUGGCACAGGUGGUGUCCUGGAGGUCUGCACACUCACAGACACCUGACAAGAGUAAAAAAUGUCUGACCUUACCAGUGAGUGGCUUUGGAUUGUUAUCCUCGCCUUCAUCAUAUCCUUCUUUCUGGCUUUUGGCAUCGGAGCCAAUGAUGUGGCCAAUGCGUUUGGAACAUCUGUGGGGUCCAAGGUGAUUUCCCUCCUCUGGGCCUGCAUCCUGGCAUCUAUCUUUGAAGUACUGGGAGCAGUGUUAAUAGGUUAUAGGGUGUCUGAUACAAUACGGAAAGGUAUUAUAGACCCUAUGCAGUAUAACAAUUCUGAGAAGCUGUUAGCUAUGGGAAAUCUUUCAGCAUUAACAGGGUCAUGCAUAUGGAUGUUCAUAGCAACGUUGUUUCGCCUUCCUGUGUCUGCUACUCAUAGUAUAGUAGGAGCCACUGUGGGCUUCAGUCUUGUAGCCAAAGGAACAAGGGGUGUCAGCUGGGAAAAGCUUGGCUUCAUUGUUGGUUCAUGGUUUUUCUCCCCUGUCAUGUCUGGAAUCAUGUCUGCAUUGUUAUUUUUAUUUGUACGAAAAAUGGUUUUGAACAAGGAAAAACCUCUAGAACCAGGUCUGACAUUGCUUCCAUUAUUUUAUGCUUUCACUGUUUGUAUCAAUGCAUUAUCUGUCUUUCUGGAUGGUUCUGAACUUUUACAUUUUAACAAAAUUCCACUCUAUGGAAGUUUUAUCCUGUCCAUUGGUUUGGCUCUGAUUGUCGGUGUACUAGUCAGGUAUUUGGUGGUGCCAUGGAUGAGGAGAAAAAUUAUUGCUGAAAUAACAUUUCAAGUCAAAGCUGAGGAAAAUAAAUGCUUGGAAGCCGAGGAUGAGGACGCUGAUAAGGAGGAAAGGAAGAUAACUAGGGCUGAGAACAAAAAAAUAUUAGAUUUGUUCUCCAGGCUUAGGAGGAAGAGAAAAUCUAUAACUUUAAAAGAGGCUGAUGGUGAAUGUACAAAAAGUUUAAAUGAAAAUGGAGCUGCACUAGAUGGAGAGAGACACUGGAACUCUAAUGGCAAUGGAGUAGCUGGCAGGGAUGUGCAACUGAUGUUGUUGAAUACAGAAAUCAAUGAAACAGCCUCGGCUGGCAAUUCAACCACUCUAUUAGUCGCCAAGCCUGAAGUAGAAAUUGUAGAAGCUGAAGUGGAAGUAGUGGGGAGUAAUGACCGAAAACAUCUUGCCAGGGAACUCAUCAAAGACAAGCCAGAAACCAAAAUGCUGUUUUCAUUCCUUCAAAUUCUGACAGCAAUAUUUGGUUCAUUUGCUCAUGGUGGCAAUGAUGUCAGUAAUGCCAUUGGUCCACUGAUUGGGGUCUGGAUGAUCUAUAAUGAGGGCAGUGUUGCACAAAAAGCGCCCACCCCUAUUUGGAUAUUGAUAUACGGUGGGGCUGGUAUCAGCAUCGGUUUAUGGGUUUUAGGCAGACGGGUCAUCAAGACAAUGGGAGAAGACUUGUCCAAAAUCACACCAUCCAGUGGCUUUUGCAUUGAAAUCGGAGCCGCCACCACAGUGUUAGUUGCUUCUUACUUUGCCCUUCCAAUCUCCACCACUCACUGUAAGGUCGGCUCCAUCAUAUUCACAGGUCGGGUGCGGUCCAACGAGAAUGUGGACUGGUCACUUUUCAGGAACAUAUUCAUCGCCUGGGUGGUCACGCUGCCUGCCUCCGGUGCCCUGAGUGCCUUGAUGAUGUUUCUGCUUGAGCAGUUUGCUCUCUGAUUGUUGACGUUUGAGUUGUUUUGUUUCAUUCUCCAGAUGCUGGGAAAAUUUAGUGUUUUUUUUUUUUUAAAUGUCAUUAAAUUAUGUUCAGUGAAACAGAGAAUCUCUCUCAUAUUCAUUCUAGCCUGUUGUUUCAUUUUCAUCAAUGACUUUUUAUAUUCAAUAUUUUUUUUACCUUGGGGAUAAUCUUUUUUUUUUUUUUUAUCAAGGGUAAGAAUUUGAUAAUGGUUACUUUUUUAUAUUUUAAAACCAAGGAAAAAGAUAAUUUUAAACAUACCAGUUUAUACUAUCUGAAACAAAUUUGUAACUGAAUCAGUUUUCAUUCAUUUACUAGCAAUAAUUUGCAUUAAUAUAAAACAACAUCUAAAUUCAUUCUGAUCAACUGUACUUAUCUGUUAAUCAAAAACUGGAGCUACAAUAACAUUUUUUUCAUAAUUGAAUAAAUUACAGAGAGUAGAAACAUUUUAUUUUUUUUUAAAUAUGUUAAUAUCCAAAUAAAAUGUUAUGAUUAUAAUGUAAAUGGAUCAUAAAAUUGUCAAUUUCACAAGCAAAGAGAAUAUAUUUUUCAUUGUAAUGUAAAAAUAAUUAACAUUACCCACUGGAUGAAUACCUGCACCUGCAUCAUUUUAAUACUGCCUGUGUAUUUUUUUUGGAGAGGUGUCUCCUAGACAGUCUUUCUUAAACUUGAAACAUUCAUGUUUGUAUACAUGCGUGGGGAAACACCAAAUAUAUAAAAGCAUUAUUGUCUUUUGUUUUCAAUACCAUAGCAUAUCAAUGCACUCUAUUUCCUUAGUUCAGUUUAGAUCCUGAAAUGUCUUGCUUUUGUAAGAAGUUAAAAACAAAUACCUCCAAGUUACUAGAGACUUACGAUUAUCAAAUGAAAUGAAGAAAAAUACUUUGCUAUCAUCAGCUGAUUGGAGUUGAGGUAGUUUUUGAUCUGGGUUAAAUAUCUGCCCCGACCAUUGUAUUCUGCAUAAGGUUUUGAUAUUAAGAUAUAGAAAGAUGGUCCAUUUUGAUCAUUUCCUAAACAUUGUAGCAUUUACUGUUUAUGUAAACCAGAUAUGAAGAGAAUUUUUUUUAUUAUAACGUCACUAAGAAAAUAGAUGGUUUCCAAAACAAAAAUGCUUACUCCAUAUUGACAUUGUAGUGCCUAGACUGACUCUAAAUGUGUAUUAAAUUUAUAUAAGUAUUUUGAAUGUUGCGCUAGAUUCAUUGCAAGUAGUUUAGAUGGUAUCAAUAGUGCUAGUCGUAAUGGGGCAUUCUAUCCAAGUAUCUCCAUCCAUGUCACUUAGAGGCACUAAGACCCUAAAAGUUUAUAAUGGAUGCAGUAAACUUUUCUGGUGUCUUAAAAAUUAUUUCAGUAUGAAUUGAGUCUUCACACACGCCUAUCAAUUAGUAAUAUAUUAAUAUACAAAUAUUUAUUUUUAGUUGUCAGCAUCAGUGUUCUUAUUUACCUGAAUAUCACUUUGUGUGGCAGCUAGACCAAAAAAUGUCUUGCUGCGAAGGUUUUAAAACAUACAAUUUAGAUAUUUUGUUCAUAAUCGAAAUAUUUUGGCUUAUCUCUGUUAAAAACCUAGAAGAGAAUAGUUUCAAUCGCAGUAUAGAAAUCAGAUGUAAGAAGUCAACCACGUCUUGUUUACUAUUAGUUCAUCGAAGUUUAUUGUUUACUUUUGAUCACAAAUAAUGGUUAUUUCAAGUCUCUUCAUUAGAGAAUCAUUGAACAACAUUGUUGAAAUUUAAAAGAGAAAGUUUUAAGGUUAUCUCUUGAUUCUGUUAAUCAUUUCAGUUCCUAAAACUAUUAAGGAAAAUAAAAAUGAUAUUGCCUAUAGAGACAGUAAAUGCCUAUCCACUUAUGUAAAUAAAAAAAAAAAGUGGAUUAUAUUAGUUUAUAAUAAGUUUAAUUGCUGAAAGUGGCAUGUCUUUGUCUAAGUUGAUGUUUAUUAUUUGAACCUCAUAUAGAGUGUAUGUGUAUUUGAAUAGCAUAUAUUUGCUGUGUGUAUCUACAUGGAUGCAUAUAAUUGUAUGGACUUUGACCUCAUUCUCCUAUUGAUCUGGAGCCGUUAUUAUUAUAUUGUAUUUAUGGGAAUCAUUGUAACAUCAGGUAUUUGUCUUAAGAAUUAAUUGCCUUCAAUUCUUAUUAUGUGUUAUUAUAUUGUGUUGCAGAAGAAAUUUUGUAAGUCCCAUUUGACCUCUUUACCUUCUCAAUGUUGUGCUUGAUAUUUGAAUAAUAGGACAAUGUCUAAAAAUGCAUUAUUUUUAAAUUGUCAUAUAUAUAUAUAUAUAUAUAUAUAUGUAAAAAGCUCAACACUCUAAUGUUAAAGUGCAGACCUUAAUUGUGUUGACUUUGUUCAAUUAAAGUUAUGGGAGCUGCUGUCAAAUCUUUCAUUUCACAUGAGUUUGUAUGUAUAUAAUUUAAGUUGCAUUUGUAAAUUUCAUGGUCCUAUUGUUAUAUAAAGCCCUAAAAAAAUCUAAAUAGUCAACAAAAUUCAGUUAAAAAAAACUAUAUUUAUUGAGUUUUCUUGUUCCAUUUAUAUAACUGAUUUGAAUGAUUUUCUGUAUAGCAUUAAAAAAAAAUUAGUUUUCUAUGAAAUGAGUAUGAAACUUCAUGUAUGUUAAGGAUUUAAUAAAUGACUAACACAUUUUGUGUCUCUUAGCUAGCACUACAUCACUUUUUCUGCUUCAUUCUGUUCUUCUGUAACAGUGACUUAGAAAAUGUUUUUUAACUUUUUAUCUCAUACAAAGUAAACGCACAUUCUUUUCUUUAUUUCAUGGCCUUAUUUCAAAACAUGGAGGCUAGUUUUGGCCAAGUACACAUCUGCAGUGUUUAAAAUAUGUGAAAGUAAUUUGCUUGCAAGUGAAGAAUAGAAGGGCGGCCUAUUUAUUUAUUUUUUUUUUGGUUUUAUUUAAUAGUUCAUUAUAACAAAAACAUAACGUCAUGAUUUUUGUUUUGUUUUUUUAAUAUGUUAAAAAUGCUGUCAUCAAAAUACUGUAUUAUACAACAUGAAGAUUGCCUAAAUAAUCUGUUGGGGUGUAUGAUAUCACUUUGGGUAAUGUGUAAAUGUCUUCCAUUCCUGAUAUGAUCUGCUGAUGCUUUGAAAAAAAAAAAAGGUUUUUGGAGCUACGAAACUGUACACUCUUUUUUUUUCCCCCGCAUUUGUAAAUUUAUCAUUGAUCAGACUCAUCCAUCUGUUAAUAUUUAUUAAGUAUUCUAAUGGACUUAUCUCACACAAACGAACAGGCUGAUAUUGCUCAUGUGAAUGGAUGUUAAAGCUUUGUUAUGCUUCAAUAAAGUGUUGUUUUUUUAAGCUUAAUUUUUUGGUUGUUAAAAAUAUCUGCACUGAAAAUGAGACCUUCAGAGAUUAUAAUUAGUAUUGAGUUGGUUUUUGAAGAAGUACAGAACUUUAUUGACGCUGGGUAGGGGGGUCUAUAAAAAGGGCUAAAUCUAGGUCUAGAUGCAAUUUUAUUCAAGAAAGUUUAUUUAGCUGAAAGCAUAGUUCAAAGAAAGCAUUGAGAUGCUCUGUGAAUUUUUAAAAUUUUUAUUUUGUAUUGUUGACUCUUGAUAGUCAAGCACUUAAUAAUCCGACACUCAUUUAUACAAUGUGGUGCUGACGUAAAUUCAUGGAAUUAAUGCAUGCUUUAGUGCGCAUGUUCUUAGAAUGUAAGUAGGAUUAAAUGGUAAUUUAGUACAGUAUGUGUAAGCUGAAACCAUGUGUUUUGUAUUUUUCAAAUCAAUACAUUUUUAUUUUUUGACUCUUGUGUACUUUAAAUUCUAAUCUAAGAGAAUAUCUUUCUUUACCUAACUGUCUUUUUCCUUGGAUAGAAUCUCAUGUCAGUGUUAGGCCCAUCAUAUCUAAUUACAUCAGAAAUAGCAUUGUCUUGCUAUAGAGGGUUCAAUUCUUUUAAGGACAGCUAACCUUUGAUGUUUUCUGUAAUAUUACACCCCUCUGGUCCAAUAACUAUCAAGAGUCAACUGUAUAAUUUGUUUGCUCUAGCAGUUUGUAACAUAAGUGUUACUCAUAAUGUUGUAUCCUGGAUUUUGAAAAUAUAGUUUUAUUGUCAAAGUAGAACCCAGACCUGAGAAGUACUUUCUGAAGGCUUUACUUAACUCAAGAGUUAUUAUUCCUUAUUCUUCACUGACCAAACAUUUGCAAUAUAAACCUAUUCCUGCCUUGCCCUUCCACCCAGACCCACCCAGCAAUCCAACUAUAAAUUCUUUUUUGAUGCCCUACUAACCACAAAAAAAUUUCCAUUGUUUAUGGGUUUUGUUUGUUCAUUCUAUUUACAGUACGUGCCAUUUAGUUAUCUUUUUCAUCAAAAAGUCCCAUGGAAUUUUCCUAUUGGAAUAUUAUACUUGAAAUGUCUAGUGGUGUAUGAUAAUGUACUAGCGCUCAUUGAAAAAAUUGUCCUAGUUAGGCUAGCAGCAACAUAUUGGUACAAUGUAUGUUUUAUUAGUUACACAACUCAGCCUUGAGGUUGGAGAGUUACAAUGUUUACUUUUUUUUUUUUUUUUUAUAAAUAGAUUUAAAUACUGCAUGAAUGUAGGAAAUGACUGUAAAUUAUAGGAUAAGUUUGCUUAGCAAUGAAUUAUAUUUUUCUGUAUGUUUUUUGCUUUUAAUUGUUAACAUGCCCCCCAGACUUUUCCUUUGCCAUGUCAUGUCUUUUUCAAAAGCGUCAAAUCUAAAUGAAAAUAGACAUUUUCAUCAUUGUAGCAGAAAGUAUGCCUGUCAUGAGUAUCCUUUGGUAGAUGUCGUCAAAUAACCUAGAAAAAAAUAUUUGUUCAUAAAGACUUUGAAGUUUUGUCAAGCUAGUCAUUUUGUUGCAAACUUAGUCAAGGGCCAUAAUCUGUAGGAUAGUUUGUUUGAUCUGCUAUUUUUAUGCUGCACUUCAGACAUUGCUUCUGAGAUGUACUCUAAAUGACUUGCUUUUAGUAAAGUUAUUAGUAGAAAUAGUCUAUAAAUUACAUCAUUCAAAAGUGCAGCGAGGUGUCCUUGUAUUCAUUUUUACUGGGUUCUUAUCUAUACAUUUGUACUCGAAGUCCUAUUCGUAAUAUUUUGGAGUCUAUUAACAAAAUCAAUAAAUAGCUUUAUUUUAGCAAAAAUUAAAAACCUAGAACAGUGAUGCCCAACCUAAUUUGACUUGCAGGCCAUUUUAAUUUCCGACACUCAUGUCGCAGGCCACAUGAUUGAAAAGAUACAAAAACGAAAUGAAAUUGACAUGAAACUAGGCCAAUAAGAAACCCCUCGAUCUAGGACGUGUCCGAAAAUGGCUUCAUUUCUCUACUUCAAUGUGAGCAAUAUUGUAGUUAGUUUUACAGCUGGCUUAUUUUCAUCUCUUUUUGGUCAAUUUUCUCAUAAAUCCACCAAUCUCUAGGCAUAGUUUAACAAUCUUUUAUUCGCAGAUCAAAACAAGAAUGCCAUCAUAUUUGUUUCAUAAUUCCGUUUUUAUGUUUUUCUAACAGCAACACUUUGAUCAUAAAACAAAUCUGUUGGCUUGUUAUCAUGUUCAACAAAAAAGUAAAGAUCUGUUCACUUUUCCUGGUAGAUUCUACAUUCAUGGUAGCAAUCCAUCAGAGAAAAGUAAAGGCCCUAACGGAGGUUAAAAUAAAUUUAAAGAAAAAUUAUUUUUUUUUGAUGGGCAAUUUUCUACAUUUUUUGCCAACAUUGCAGCUGGCAGGAUGUGGUCCACGGGCCAUUUUUUGAGCAUCACUGACCUAGAAUGAUCACUUCGGCUUGUAUGUAGUUUGAUAUACCAAGAGGGUUAUUUUUUCUAAUCAGUCAUUGUAUUUUUAAUAGUAUUUCACAACAGGAUAAUUAUAACGUAGUAGUUCCUGUUGCAUUAUUUCCACUUCAGAUUUCAACAUGACACUUUUUUUGUUUCAAAUUAUUUUUAGCUCCUUGUUUUAAAAUAUGCCAUGCCAUCUUUGUUUUAAACACUAUUUCUUCUUGAUUUUUGAACCUUUUCUUUUUGUUUAAUGCAAUAUUAAUUUUAUUUUAUGGUUUUAUUCACUAGUGAUUGUUGACUUUUAGCUGUUUGUUGUUUUUGUUGCAAUCCAUCAGAGAAAAGUAAAGGCCCUAACGGAGGUUAAAAUAAAUUUAAAGAAAAAUUAUUUUUUUUUGAUGGGCAAUUUUCUACAUUUUUUGCCAACAUUGCAGCUGGCAGGAUGUGGUCCACGGGCCAUUUUUUGAGCAUCACUGACCUAGAAUGAUCACUUCGGCUUGUAUGUAGUUUGAUAUACCAAGAGGGUUAUUUUUUCUAAUCAGUCAUUGUAUUUUUAAUAGUAUUUCACAACAGGAUAAUUAUAACGUAGUAGUUCCUGUUGCAUUAUUUCCACUUCAGAUUUCAACAUGACACUUUUUUUGUUUCAAAUUAUUUUUAGCUCCUUGUUUUAAAAUAUGCCAUGCCAUCUUUGUUUUAAACACUAUUUCUUCUUGAUUUUUGAACCUUUUCUUUUUGUUUAAUGCAAUAUUAAUUUUAUUUUAUGGUUUUAUUCACUAGUGAUUGUUGACUUUUAGCUGUUUGUUGUUUUUUUAUAAACUUUAAUUCAAAAGUGUUUUAUCUCCCUUGUAAAAUGAAAAUGGAGGUCCAGUGGUAUGAAUAGUUUUGACUGUUCUGUUGUAAUAUUAUUUUCUUAGAAUCAUUCACUCUGUGCUAGUACUUUUUUUUAUUCAUCACUAAUAGUUAUUGUACAAUAUGUAUCUGGUGUUUACAAUCAUAUCAACACAAGGUUUCUUCAAAUUACAGUUAAGUACACAAGUUUUCUGUUCAUAUAAGACAGUGUGUAGACAUUUUUUUUUUAUAUAAACAAUUCGCAGAAAAUUCAUCUAAAAGAAAAGAUCUGAAAUGGUUAAUUGUAUUACUCUUUAUGCUAAAACCAGCAUGGUAACAACAAAAAAUAUGUUUCAUGUUACAAAAUUCAAUUUUUUGAAUGCAAAAUGUUAUUAGGAACUUAAGGGGGAAAUUUUUUUUUUCCUUUGUUACUUGCUUGAGAAGACUUUUUAUUUGUUUGUUAGUUCUGGUUCACUCUUUGAGAUGUACUGUGUAUGACUGUGUGUGUGUACCUUAUAUUUUAGUUUUGAAAAUUUCAUGUUUUAUUUUUGGUGUUCACAUGUGUGCAUUCAUUUGCUUUGCUAAAUGAUUGAAUGCUUCCUUUGGAAGUUUAAAUACAUUUAUUUUUGGUUAUUAAAA